AUGUCAGUUACCAAGAGAAUAGUAGUUUGUGGUGGGAAUGGAUUUUUGGGUUCAAGAAUUUGUAAAUCAGCGGUUGCAAGGGGAUGGGAUGUUACCAGUAUUAGUCGAUCCGGUGAACCAACUUGGUCUUCAGUAUCGUCUUCUUUCACACCACCCGCAUGGUCUCAUAAAGUAACUUGGGAACGCGCCGACAUCCUCAAACCAUCUACCUAUGCUCCCCUCCUCAAAUCUGCAGACUUUGUCGUUCAUUCCAUGGGUAUUCUCCUUGAAGCAGACUACAAAGCGGGCUCCCAAAAUCCCUUGACUCGUCAACCAGGCGAGGACUUACAUUCUCAAGAGAGAGACGGCCAAAUAACCUACGAACUUAUGAAUCGAGAUUCUGCUAUUACACUCGCUUCUGAAUCCUACAAAGAAAAUGUCCCCGCAUUUGCAUAUAUAAGUGCAGCAGGCGGAGCACCAGUUUUACCUCAAAGAUAUAUAGAUACGAAGCGUGCUGCUGAAAGUACGAUUGCCAGCGAGUUCCCAAAGAUGAGGAGUGUAUUUAUUAGACCAGGUAUGUUAUAUGAUAGCUCGAGGAAGAUCACAAUGCCAUUGGCUGCGGCGACAGGUUUGGGUGCUGCGUUUAAUGGGCUCACGGGAGGAAUAUUUGGGGGAAUCAUGGGGGCUGCGGGUGUCAAACCACUCAAGGCGGAUGUGGUUGCUGAAGCUGUUGUGGAGUCUCUGAGUGAGGAGAGCGUUAAAGGUCCUGUUGAGGUCAAGGAGAUUGAAGAAUUGGCCGAGAAAGCUUGGAGAAAGGGUAUGUUAUAA